UAAGAGACAGAGAUAAAAUGACAUGAUGACCGUGGUGCAUGAUGGUGCAUAACAAUUCUCCUUUAUGUGACGCAUAAGUUGUUGAUUCGCGAUGCGCCACACAGAUUUUUUUGGAGGUAACACCAGCUGCAUUGUCACAUCAGUAUUUGUUUGCUUGUGUGUCUGUCGUGCCCAGAGAAGAUGGUGGCACAGGUCGGUUGCAGAGCGGUGUCUCGUUGGGAGUGGGCUUUUGCAGCUUACUCGUACACAGCCAGCGGUCUCAAAAGGACUGCGGUAGCCUCCGUGGGUCAGCAAUAUGUCCGCCGCUAUUCUGUCCCCACUAGCCACAGGCAGAGCGAGACAAGGUGGAAGUACAAGGCUGACGAUCAUGUGAUGAAAAGGUUCGCUAUAGUACAAGCUGGGUUUCCCAGCAACAGCUUUGGCUUCACAUUGAACACGGCGCGUCCUGUGUCGCCUGAAAUGUUCGAGGAAGUCUUGAUGCAUCUAUACAAGAAGAUGGAAGUCCUGCGUGUCUGUUUCAGAGAGAAAGAAGGAAGCCUGUGGGUCGUCGACAUGGACACACCAAAAAUUGAAUUUCAGGUGCUGGAGGGCGGCAUCUUAGAGGACAUAGUCAAGGCAAUAUCACAGCCCGCCUAUAACUUAUUCGAGGGUCCGCUGUGGCGUGCCCGGCUGGUGGUUUGCCCACCCGAUGAGCCCUGCAUGAUGCCUCAAGUGAAGUAUUCCUUCCCUCACCAGUACCACUUGGCUUUGGACAACCACCACGCAGUCACUGACGGCAUAUGUGCCUCGAAUAUCGUAAAGAUCAUUAUCACCAUCCUGGACAGCGUGCUGGACGGGGCUCACGUAGACAGUAAGCAGAUUGGUGAAUUUCGUGACCGGAGUGAGGUCAAAUCUAUAGAAGACAGAAUCAGGGAGUCCUUGGAGAAAGACCCACACAUGCUAAGCACACUGUUAGAGGAGCGUUAUAAAAUAAAGACAAGCGUUCCUCUUAUCACCGAGAUCUUUGGGAAGCCAGACGAACCCUCUCCUGAAACAUAUACAGUAACACCACAGGUCAUAGACGACAAACUCCUGCAGGUUUUUAAUGCUAAAUGCAAGACGCAUAAAGUCACCUUCAAUUCAGCCUUUGUUGGGGUGAUAAAUGUGGCGCUGAUGGAACUCGCGCGCGAGGCUGGCGUGGUGCGAGACACCUACAUCAUCACCCAUUGCCAUCCCGUCGACACUCGUCGCUAUAUGAGUGAUGUGACGUCCAUGGUGUGGGGCUACCACGUCGUCCACACGACUCACACCACGACCAUGCCUUGUAAUGCCAGGAGCACCUUUUGGGAGAAUGUCAUUAACUUUGAUACCAAUUUUCGCGACCGCAUCAACACCAUGGGUCCUCUGCAGGAAAGAAUACUGGACACCAUACUACAGGAAAGGAAGCCAGACCUUGAAAAUAUGAUUAUAAACAAUCUCAUGUUUACUAACAUAUACUCUCCUAGGGUAAAGACUUUUGGUGAUGGGAAACACGUUCAGCUGACUAAUUCCUGUGGGCACGUCUCGAUGUCCAUGACACACCACGAGUUCUGCAUCACUGGGAUGCUGACCAGAUUCCGUGAGCAUGUGCGGUUCCAGGUGUGUUACUACUCAGGAUUCAUCACGAAGGAGAAUGCUGCAAGGAUAUCCGACAAGGUAGUCAGCAUAUUCAAUGAUAUCGUCAAAGAGGUGGACGAGAGACAAUAACUAUAAUUCUCUUAGGUAUGAUAGCAGUAGAUUUUCAGCACUCAAAGGGCAAAGCACACAACCUACGGCCACAUAAUGAAGGUCCUAAGCCUCUUCCAGAUAUAUAUGCUAUAAUUCUUCAAAGGAAAACACUUCUUGCAAAUGCUAUUGAUGAAGUCACGCCAUGGUGCGUAAGUCGUAUAAUAAUAGAUAUCAGAAUGUAAAUAGUAUAUUCCUUUAGAGGUGAGCUUGUCGCUAGUCUUGUCUUUGCAUCGUGUGUUUAACACAAGAUGUUUACAAGAUGGAAACGUCAAAUGAUAAACUUAUCAAUAUUCCUCGACCAGUGUUAAAACGGCUCCUCGAAAAAAAAUAAAAUAAAAAAAAUCACGUUUCUGUUCACUGGGUGAUUCACCGUCCAUUUACAUGUAUGAAAAAAUAGCAACAUACAGCAACAUACAAUACGCAGACUCUUUUUGAAACUUCCACAGAGAUCUGACACAUUAACACAUACAACAUAUGAUUUAAUAAUAUUAUGGAGAACACACACACACACACACACACACACACACACACACACACACACACACACACACACACACACACACACACACACACACACACACACACACACACACACACACACACACA